AUGUUGAAACUCGGCCCGUUUGACGUGCCACUGCAUGUAUGCAGCGUAUGCGGCUCGCGGUCUGGUGGCGGAGCCAUUGUCCCCGUUGUGCCGCCGCCCGUGUUUGUCGUCGCCGUGGAUGCUGCCGCUGGCUGGGCAACGACGAUGGAGUUCCAGAAUUCUAUGAUGGCUGGGUCAUCUGGUGCAUCAAAGGUUUGCACGAAGCGGCGGACCACGGGUAGCAACCGCGCACCGUAG